AUGGCGAAGAUUCUUUACUUCUUUUUGCUUUCCCUCCUGACCGCCCUGUCUUUGGCCUUCCCCGGCCAUGACAAUAGCGAGUGUUCCAACUGGUGCAAGGACAACUAUUCCAAGUGUGGAUAUAAGAACGUCGGGGCUUGUGUCUCUGAGGCUGCUCACAAUGGAUUUGAAUGUUGCUGUGGACCGUGCAAACCUCCAAAGUUCUGCAAAAAUCACCAGUGUAUCUGUCCACCUAACACCUGUGGAAAUGACUGUAAAGAGUGCAAGGCCCCCAAACAAUGCAUUUAUGGACAGUGCUCUUGUCCACUAGGAACAUGUGGAAAUGACUGCAAGAAAUGCCCCUCCGGAAAACAAUGCAUCAAUGGCCAAUGCGUAUGCCCGAAAGACACAUGUGGAAACGAUUGCAAGAAAUGCGACUAUCCCAAGCAAUGUGUCUAUGGCCAAUGCGUGUGCCCAAAGGACACCUGUGGAAACGAUUGCAAGAAAUGCCCCUCUGGAAAACAAUGCAUUAAUGGCCAGUGCGUAUGCCCUAAGGACACAUGCGGGAACGAUUGCAAGAAAUGCCAGUACCCUAAGGUUUGUGUUUACGGCCAAUGUGUGUGCCCAAAGGAUACUUGCGGUUCGGACUGCAAGAAAUGCCCAUCUGGAAAACAAUGCAUAAACGGACAAUGUGCCUGCCCUAAGGACACAUGCGGGAACGAUUGCAAGAAAUGCCAGUACCCUAAGGUUUGUGUUUACGGUCAAUGUGUGUGCCCAAAGGAUACUUGCGGUUCGGACUGCAAGAAAUGCCCAUCUGGAAAACAAUGCAUAAACGGACAAUGUGCCUGCCCUAAGGAUACUUGUGGGAACGAUUGCAAGAAAUGUCAGUAUCCUAAGGUUUGUGUUUACGGCCAAUGUGUGUGCCCAAAGGAUACUUGCGGUUCGGACUGCAAGAAAUGCCCCUCUGGAAAACAAUGCAUAAACGGACAAUGUGCCUGCCCUAAGGAUACCUGCGGGAACGAUUGCAAGAAAUGUCCAAAUCCUAAGCAGUGUAUAUAUGGCCAAUGCGUUUGUCCUCUAGGAACAUGUGGUGAUAACUGCGCAAAAUGUCUGCCCUUCCAGCGCUGCAGGAACGGUAAAUGUACAUGGUAUUAA